AUGCGACUCCCUUUAGAUUCAUAUGGAGUAGACUUGCAUGUUCAUCUGGAUGGUGCUAUUAGGCCAGAAACAUUAUUUGAACUAUCGAAUGACCAAAAAUCCAAAGUUUCAUUUCAAAAUUUAGAAGAACUUAAGGGAAAAUUAAUGCCUAAGAAACCUCACAGCCUGAAAGAUUUCCUGAAAGCUUUCGAAGUUAUUAUACCAUUAGUUGCCGGUAAAAAAGAGGUUUUGGCACGUAUUUGUGAUGAGUUUGUUGAAGAUUGUGUAAAACGCGGUGGUUUAUGUUAUGUGGAAACAAGAUACUGUCCAUUUCUGUUAACUGAUUCUAAAUGUGGCGCAGAAGAAGUGUUAAAAACAAUUUUAGAUGCACUUAACAGAGCUAGCGAAAAGCACAAAAUAGAAGUUCGUUCUAUUUUAUCAAUUAUGAGACAUAUGCCUGAGACAGCUAAAGAAACAUUAGAAUUAGCCAAAAAUUAUCAACCACAUGGAGUUGUUGCAAUUGAUAUUGCAGGUGAUGAUUCAGUUUUGAAACAUCAACGUGUCCCUGAAGAAAUUGUUCAAACAUUUGAAAAUGCUAAAAAAGCUAAUAUUCAUCGUACUGUACAUGUUGGCGAAAACAGUCCAGCAAGUAGUGUCUAUGAGGCAGUGAAUAAUCUACAUGCUGAACGUAUUGGCCAUGGAUAUCACAUCUUAGAUGAUGAAAAUGCAUAUAAGUCUCUACUGAAAGCCGGUGUACACUUUGAAGUGUGCCCAUCGUCAAGUUUUAUAACUGGUUCCGUUGAUGGUCGAAAUCCAAACAAUCAUCCUGUACAUCGUUUCAUUGCGGAUAAACUUAAUUUCUCCAUUAAUACCGAUGAUCCAACAUUAACAGAAAGAUGGAAUUUACAAGAAGCUAAAUAUUGUAUUGAAGAAUUAGGUAUAGCACCUAAUCAAUUGAAUAUGGCCAAUUACAAUGCAGCUAUGGCAGCGUUUGUUACCAGUGCUGAACGGGAAUUUUUAUUAUCACAUAUAAAAAUUCGAUCAAGAAAUAGAAUAAUCAAAAUUUAA